UGGACCUACCUUCCAUGUUGUCGGCACCGCAAACGACGGGGUUUGGGCCCAUACCACAUGGGCGACCUGUAGGUACGUCAGAAGCACGGCAUAAAGGAGAUACAGCCUGGAGAUCAUGGGGGGAGCUGAGUGGGAGAAGUGCGAACGGCCGGUGAGACUCUGCCUCUGACCGCAGGCGGAGGCUUGAUGCAUUUAGGCACGAAAGCAACCUAUCAUUGAUCGCCGUUCUCUAAGUGUACGAAGAGGCCUGCCAGGCCAUCCGCGUCGGAAACAAUAGAUGGCGUCUGCAAUGCGGUCCUAUAUUGAAGCUUGAUGUGAGCCAGAUAUGAGCACGCGCCUACCACGCAGAUUAACCAUCUUCCUCAUCUGCUCGGUAUGCCAGUCAGAUCUAUCAAAAUACAGCAGUAGAGCGAUAGCAUUGCACAGCGCAAAUACAAGCAUAGCAAGACAAUGGGACAAAACUGGUGUGCCUACCAGCUGCCGUGGAGGUUGCGCUCGGCGGGUAGCCGACCUCGUCUGCGAAACGUGCCGCCUUGACGUCAUCGGUAACCAUCACCUUUUUGCUGAGUUGUCGACGACAGAUGUGUUGGUAGGGUCAAUAUAUGCGUACGCCACGAUCCGAAUUCUGCCUACUCUUCUUCACACCGGGUGCGGCGUCCAUCGCGGUUCCGACGUUCCGAUGGCCGAUACGCGUCUUUCUACUCAGCUGCACGAAGUCGACAACUCGGAGUACGCGCCCAGAGCUUCGUCCUCGGCGGACAGACGCUCUAUCUUCUCGGGCAGACGCGACAACUGGUCUUCCCUGGCUGUAAGCAUAGGCGCGGACUGCUCUGCUGUUUGGCUCGUCUCUAUAGCCCUUCUUCCCGCGUGGUGCCCUGGUUUCGGCGAGGGAAAGAGCGCUAUGUGUUGUGCGGAGUCUUGGCGACGAAGGCUGAAGCAAGAUCACGGGGCGUCGCUCAGCACCGUUCCUCUUCAUAAGGGUCUUUGCAAGCAGUCAGCAGCUGGAUAAACCUUCUCAUGAGCCUCUCGCUUCGGCUCAUCCACAAAAGGAGAGUCUCGUCCGAGCGAACAUGUCGAGUUUGGCAUCCGUUUUCAUCUCGUAAUGCCGCACGCGCUCACCCUCCUCCUGGACGACUUCUUCGCGCGUCCCUGCUCCAGUGAUCGCACCUUGAACUUCACUUUUAAGACUUGAACGAAGGUUCAGCGUAUACACUACAGUACGUGAAGGGUGGUAGAACAUACCUGCAUGCGAAAGCUGUCGACCUUGUCGAACAGAGCAUCAGGGAGAGGGCCAAUAGGUUCGUCGUCGUCAGGGUCGCGCGUCGCCUUGCUUUUUGUCUCCGUCAAUACGAA